UCAGUCCAUGGAGUUUUAAGUCGGCGGACCGGUUUUCCUGUCGAUGCCGCCUGCUGGUUCCGACUUCACUAUGGAUCCCUGAGGUGGAUCAUUUGUGGAAAUUUUCUGUGUGUGAGAGAGAGCACGACAGGGUAAAAGGUCAAGAGGCGGAGCUGAGCGGGUAAUGGCGGCGGUGACAGGCUAACUGGAAUUUGUUGGAUCCGAAGCACCGCCGUUGGAUCCGAAGCACUGCUCACCAUUCGUGUGGACUCAGUCCCGGGCUGUAUUCUGAGGGGAAGAGAGUACUAAAGGCUCACCAUUCCCCGAGGGAAGAGGAUUCGUCCUGGUCUCAGGUUCCCCUAAAGCCACAAGAAUUCCCAAGUUUCCAAUGGCAUCUGUGGGCCUUAAACGGGAAGGGCCGCAGUUUAUCAGUGAGCUGGCCGUUCGAGGGAAUGCUGCCAUCCUGGACUAUUGCCGCACAUCCGUGUCUGCGCUGUCGGGAGCCACGGCCGGGAUCCUGGGGCUGACGGCCCUCAUGGGUUUUGUAUUUUAUUUUAUGGCGUCCUUCCUGUUGUCGGUGCUGCUGAUUGUCAAAGCGGGUCGCCACUGGAGCAAGUACUUCAAGUCGCGUCGUCCCCUCUUCACUGGGGGCCUGGUUGGCGGCCUCUUCACCUACAUUCUCUUUUGGACCUUCCUGUAUGGCAUGGUGCACGUGUACUGAGGGUGGGCCUCGCCCUCACCAGCAGCCGGGACUCUCUUUCACACUCUCGUUCAUUCGCCUUCACUGAUCUCAGCGUAAACUUGCCACAGGGUUGCCACCCUCACCGACACUUUCACCAUUUCGCACCAGGUUCCAUUUGAGAUUUGUUUUUUUACAGUUUGUAUGGUUCUCACAUGUUGAAAAAUAUCUGCCCCUGGAAAAGUGACUGAGGGGUUUGUGAAAUUAUCAGCUAAGGUGUUUGGAGCUUGUUUCUCUUCUCUUCCCCCCCCCCCCCCAA